AUGUCGACCAAAUCCGUACUCGUGCUCGAUGGCGAGUCCCUUUGCGCCGAAGACCUCCUGACGCUGUCGAAAGGUGCGACUUCCAUUGCCCUCAGUGACGACGCCUGGACACGCGUGUCAAGCAGUCGCGACGUGGUCGAUGCGAUCCUCGAAGACCCCACCCGCGUCGCGUACGGCAUCAACACGGGCUUUGGGCUCUUUUCCACGGUCGUGAUCGAGCCCGACCAGCUCAAAGUACUGCAGGCGAACCUCAUUCUGACGCGCAUGCUCCUUGCGCUCCGCAUCAAUGUACUGGCCAAAGGCCAUUCCGGCAUCCGCGUCCCCACGCUGCACCAGCUCGUCGACGCGUUCAACGCGUCGUGUUUGUCGCUUGUCCCGAGCAAAGGCACUGUGGGGGCGUCGGGGGACUUGGCCCCGCUCGCGCACUUGGCGCUCGGGUUGCUGGGCGAAGGGCUCAUGUGGGACACUACCGACAACAACGACGUUGUAAUCCGCGACGCAGCUGAAGUCCUUGCGAAACACGGGUUGCACCCGUUGCAGCUCGAGGCGAAAGAAGGACUCGCGUUGAUCAAUGGCACGCAACUGAUCACGUCGAUUGGGGUCGAAGCGCUCGUGCGCGCACAGAACGUCACAAACUGUGCCGACGUGGUCGUUGCACUAUCGCUCGAAGUGCUCUGCGGUACGGUGAACGCCUUCCACCCGCGUAUCCACGCAGCUCGUCCCCAUAUUGGCCAAGCGCGCGUGGCAGCACGUGUUCGCACACUGCUGAGUCCCGAUGACCCGUCCGAGUUGUUUCGCAGCCACAACUACGUUGGCAAAGUCCAAGACGCCUACUCGCUGCGCUGUGCACCGCAGCCGACGUGGCAACGGGAUAUCGGAUACCCACCAGCAGCAGUAGCUCCGGUGGCAUUGAAGGAGGUGUCAGUGGACAAGUGCGACGCUGAGUUGCGUUUGAGUGAACCGAAGAUCACGGACCUCGAAGACGCCAACCGGGAGAUUCAGCGGCUUCGAGCGCUACUGAACGACAACAGCGUGCAGCAGUACGAGACAAUGGAGCGCUUCACUGCGGACAUGAAGCGCACGUCCGACACGUUCUACCGUGGCGGCGAUGGGUUUGUCAUCUCAGGAGGUAACUUCCAUGGCGAGUACCCGGCCAAGGCGCUGGACUACUUGGCCAUUGGCGUCCACGAGAUCGCCAGCAUCAGUGAACGUCGCAUUGAGCGACUGGUGAACCCGGCAUUGAGUCACUUGCCGGCGUUCCUCGUGCCGGACGGAGGGCUCAAUUCCGGGUUCAUGAUUGCCCACUGCACGGCCGCUGCGCUCGUGUCGGAGAACAAAGUGCUCACUCAUCCGUCGUCCGUGGACUCGAUCUCGACGAGUGGAGCGAAAGAAGACCACGUGUCCAUGGGCGGCUUCGCAGCUCGGAAAGCCCUUACGGUCGUCGAGCACGUCGAGACAGUCGUUGCCAUUGAGCUACUGGCGGCCUGCCAAGCGCUCGAUCUCCUUCGGCCACUACGGACGACAGCAGUACUUGAAGCUGUCCAUGCAGUCGUGCGCACGCGUGUACCGAAACUUGACAAGGACCGCGUCAUGAAACCAGAUAUUGACGCGGUCGUGGACCUCGUGCGCAGUGGAGCGAUCUGGCAAGUGGCUACCCCCUUUUUGGGUGAGUGA